AGCAAAAAUCACAACAAAAGCUGCAAAUGGUCGCAACGAAAGUUUGCUAUUAUUUUGCGUGGCGCUAAAAUUCGUGAAAAUCCUUACUAGUGGUUCCUCGAUAACCGCGACUAAAUGUGGAAGUAUGUUUCCCGUCGUAUCCGUGAUGUGUGCGAUCGUACUUGUAACGUGCUAGACAUUCGCCGACCGUGCCAGUACGGUGGCGAGCGUUUAUGCGUUGAAAACAACGUUCCCUGCGGAGACCUACAGCAACAACCCCGACAGGACGAGCACAAGAUCAAUCUGCGAAAUGAGCUUAUCAAGGGUUCCUACUGCCUGUUGAAUGUAGGCAAGCGUCAAGUGGUUGUCUAUCCCAAUUGGAAGCACACCAAUGGCACCGGAUCGAACAGCCAUUCAUCUGAGAGGGAUGGCUUCCGCAAGAAGGAAUAUUGUUCGUUCCAGCAUAGCUGGAUUGGGGCCAUUACAUGGUCGAGUGCCAUAAUUUGCGGUUGGUACACGAGCCAGCUGAUCUGCCUGUAUCGUCGCCACCACAAAUGGGAAGGCCCAAAAUGUCUCCCGUCUAUUAUUUCCACCGUCCACCGGAUCCCUUGCAAAUAUCGUGAUUCCCGUUCUCAGAAACCAUAUCCUUUUUGUGCCCCUCCGUCGUCGCAGACCGACUGUACUUCUAAACAGAAACAACCGAAUUCACCACAAGCAACUUUCUUCGGGAUCCCUGUUCCUUCGGGUAAACCGAAUAGGCUUGAGGAGUUUGAUUUUGAUAAUUUCACGAAAACGCAAAAGCAAUUUAUCACUCCGAUCAAUAAUGAGAAGCAAAAACAGAGAACUAAAAUUUCAUCGACUGUUGAUGGAACACAAACAGCUCAACAAGCGGAGCAUAAACCUCCUACUGUCGAGUCCGCUGUUGAAAAUUUGCUUUCCGUUAUCGGUGAAAUUGAGUAUCAGCUUGGGGUACAGAAUCUAGAGAUUGGCGAUUACAAAACAGCCGUUUCCCAUCUACAAUUGAGCACUAGUCACCAUCAUGCCGGAGCUGCUUUUAAUUUGGGUAUUUGCUACGAACAGGGUUUCGGAGUGAAGAAAAGCGCCCGUUUGGCAAUGGAGUGUUACUAUUUGGCAUCGACUCUAGGACACCCGCAGGCCAUGUACAAUCUAGGCGUUUAUUAUGCUCGCGGUCUCGGUGGAUUGCGUCGUAGUCGACAGAUAGCCAAAAAGUACUUUACCGCGGCCGCCGAUCUGGGCUUGAAGGAGGCAAUCGAUGUGCUGGGUCCCAAGUACCAGGCUAAGCGGAACUCUGUGUGGUCCGGAGCCGGCUCUUCAACGGGCUCUUCUCCAACUCUCGCACCUUUCGAGUUUAAAUUCAAUUAUGAUCAACUGGAACAGUACGGUUUUGGCAAGGAAGGAUUGAAAGCUGCGGAACAACAACAACUGGAUCAUGUUGAGUUGCGUUUGGUUUCAGCAAUGGCUUGAGUCUCUUGCAUUAUGUUUCAUAUUAUUACAUGGUGUACCAGCAAAUCUUAGAUUUGCAGAGAUUUUUAAAUUGAACAAUUUAAUUAGGUUUGAUCGAUACGAGGCACCUCUUUGUAUCGCUUUUGGUGAAAGUGAAUAAUUUCUUCUUAUUUUCGUUCUCUCAAUAAA